GGGACAUAACUUUAUUGUUUUGGAAACUUUUGUCUCACCACACGAUUUGGGAGUUGAUUUGUACGUGAAUACUUAUGGCAUCUUCAAAAAGAGUACUCGUUCAUGUUCAGAGAAAAGGAAUAGACAACAAGCCAUUUAUUGCCAGAUUCACUCAGUGCAUAGUUGAUUACUUUGAAACUGACAAAACCAAGCUGACCACUCUUCUGUGUCCACUUUUGGUCAACAAUCAACUUAUAAUUACAGACAAAUCAGAUACUGUCCAACCAGUUAAAAUACAGCAUCCUUCAUUUUGUCCCAUCAGAAAUUUAUCUCCUUUAGAGGACAGCAGACUGCCAGAAGAUACAAAAAACAGAGGAAUUGAUGUUGGUGCAGCAGUAAUCUUAGAGUCAGCUGAUGGUCAAAUUCUAUUGACUCGUAGAUCUAAGGCACUGCGAACAUUUCCAGGUGUAUGGGUUCCUCCAGGAGGGCAUAUAGAAGUGAAUGAAACUUUGAUAGAAGCAGGCUUAAGAGAACUAGAAGAAGAAACAGGCUUACAUAUUUUACCUUCACAAUGUAUAGAUCAACAAGUAGAUAUUCUGGCUUUAUGGGAGUCAGUAUUUCCAACAAAGUUAACCCUGGGACAGCCAAAAAGACAUCAUAUUGUCCUAUACCUCCAUGCUAAGUUGAUUUCAAAUCUGACAUCAGAAAAACUCAAUCAGCAAAUGAAAUUAUGUCCAAAAGAAGUAGGUGCUUGUGCCUGGUUGGAUGUACCACUUGUGGAGGCAAUAGUAUCAGCGUGUGAGGAAACAGCUAAAAACCCAGCAGUAGGAUCUCAUAUAACUACAGAAAUCAAAGGUUUCAUAAUAAAUGAAAAAGAGAAGCAAGAGGAGGCAAUGCUACCUACACUGCCACUUAUGACAGUUGCUGGUGACUUUUCAGAUUCAGAGAGGGUCAGCACAGGGACCAAGUUUGCACUAGAAGAAUGGCUUUCUAUAAGGAAAUUAUGAUGCACAAAUCAAGAAACAACAAGAAGGCUACCCCAGUAUCAACAGCUGAACGUCCAGGUUGGGAUGACCGUUUUAUGUACUAAUACAUCAUAGGAAAAUUCCUCUACUUGAUUCUAGUCCAGUUCCAGAUCUGAAGGGAGCCAGUGGAAUUGACAACUGAAAAUGUUUGCCAUACUUAACUUAUUAUAAUAUAAUAGUGCUGAUCAGUUGUAAAAUAUGUUCUUGUUCUGGCUAAAUAACAGUAUUAGUUUCUUACUAUUUCAAAAAUUCUAAGCUCUGCUUCUUGUGAAUAAAAAUCUUACAAAUAUGAAAUACAAAAUGUAGUGUGAGAAAUGAAAACAUUCUCUUGAACUGAAUUGUCUGGAAGAAAUUGUAUUAAUGGUGAUGAAAAGAAACUUUUAAAAAAAAUAUUUCUGUUUUUGUACAAUUUAUAUGUUGUCAUCAGAUAGUCAAAUGUUUAUUUUGAUAGCUUGUGAAAAAACUGCAAAAUUUGCCUUAUAGCUUCCAUUAUUGCAAUAUGAACAUUGUACAAUGAUAUUUAAAGCUCAUGAUAAGGAUAUAUAUUAUUUCAUCCUGCAGGUUAUUGCUGUAUCAGCCAUAAAACUGAUAUAUUGAAAACAUGUGGGAUAAAAUUAAGACAUAUUUCUGAUAUUUCUCAAAAAGAAAACAAUUAUUAUUACAUUGGGUACUUUUCUGUACAAUUAAUGCAUUUAUUCAACCAUUUUUUUCACAAAAUUAAUAUGAUUUAUUGUAACUUGAACUGUUUUGGUGCAUAUAUUGGGAAAUGUAACUAAAUACUGCAGUAAAAAUAUUUUUUAUUUUUAUAUUAAUUCUAUCUUGUUUGUUAAUACUGAUGCUUUCCAGACCACCUGGACACAACUAUGUUGAGUACUUUUUGAUUUUGUGAGCUUGCUAUAUUUUUCUGCAGAAGCGAAACAUUAUUAUUGAAAAUACUUUUUUAUUUGUCUGUAAUUAACAGAUAUUAAAUGGACUUAGUUUUUUGUGUAACUUAUAUUUAAAUACAGUCAGUAGUUAAAAAUAACCAAUAACUUUGUGAAACCUUAUUUGAAUGUGAAACUUUGACAGAACCUAUUUUUAGAUCAAGAAAAAAACUUACAAUUAUUUUUAUGAAUAAAUGGAAUUCAUUUUUGAGUCACCAAACAACAUAUAUAUAUCAAUUAUAGACUGACAUCAGCAAGUUUACAGGCAUGUCUUCUGGCUUUAAGCUCUGUCCAUUUGUACAGUAUUCAUGGUUUUAUGGCAUAAAAUUGACUUUUUUUAUUAAGGAUGUAUUCUUCUGACGUUUCAGACAUUUAAUGUGCACAUUACCAAUGCAUCCAACAGCUUGGAAAGGGGAAGUAACUUUGAUUAUUACUAUGUAAACAUGGAACUAUAUCUAGACAUGAUAGAACAUAUUUUUAAUUUAUUUAUGUACAAAGUAAAUUGAUGAAUCUAGUCUUGACUUUAAAUAAAUUUCAUAUAUAUAAAUUGUUUAAGUUUACUGUUAUCACUUGUUAAUAUCAUAUUUCAUAUGUGCAAAUUCAACCUGACUUUUCAUUAUGAUAAGUUAUACACCAAAUUUAUGUAUUGUCCUUCAGAUGAGAUGUUAUAAAAAAGGGGUGAGGGAGCAAUAUUUUCUUUUAAUUUCUUUUCUUAACUUUCAAUUUCAAAUUAUCCAUUUAAAAAUAUACUCAAAUAUUUGUAAAACUUACACAGGCUCAUUGAAACAUCAAACAAUUGUCAAUCCUUAAAAUAAUAUUGAAUUCAAGACAAAAAAUGUGAAUUUUCUGUUAGAACCUUUUUCUAGCUAUUAGUAAUAGUAUAGAAUUCUAUUCCAAAUAUGAAAGACAAUUUUUUAAUCAAACUGUCUAUAUCUUUUAGGAGCAAUUUUGGUAAAAGUUUAUUUUGAAUAAGUUGUGAAAAAUGCAUGCAAGUCUUUGUAAAAUCAACUGCUUUAUUCAGGCAGAUGAUAAAAUCAGUCACAGCUAUACAUAUAUAAUUUAUUCAAAAAUGUUUUAAUUAUUAUUACAAAAACUAAAUGAGCUUUAUCUAAAAUAUGUUGCUGUUGAUGCCAUUAAUGCUUCUGUAAAGGUUUCACAAAUUGAACAAAAAUACUGACUUGCAAUAUUUUUUAUUGUGUUUAAGAAUGUGAGGGUUCUCUACUUUUGUGAUAGUUUUGCUAAACCAUUUUGUAGCAAUUGAUGUUACAAUUGUCAUGUUAUCAUUUAUGGCACAAAGUUCACAACAUUCAAUAUAUUUAUUACACUGUGAUAUUUUUGUCAGAAAAAUAAAAUUUACUGAUUUA